AUGCCGAGGCAACGUGGCAGACUGAGUAAGCAGACAGGUGGCAGGAAUACUAACCCUACCAAUAGGGGCCCGGAGGUUGGAAAGAACCCACCGGGUGGCAAAAAGAAGGUGAAUGAUCCAGUAGGUCAAGAAAUGAUGUCUGAGGGAGAGUCUAGUGCCCCCAGGAUAGUGCAAAGAUUAGCAGCCAGUGUGGGCUCUGUACGAGCUAACCCAGAGAAGAAAUAUGGUAUUGAGAGGUUUAAAGCCCUAGAGGCUGUGACAUUUAAAGGUACAACAAAUUCGGCUGAAGCUGAGUUAUGGCUCGAUGUAGUUGAAAAAUGUUUCAAUGUUAUGAGUUGUCCAGAGGACAGGAAAGUAGGAUUAGCCACCUUUCUACUACAGAAAGAAGCAGAGAAAUGGUGGAAAGUGAUAUCCACCAGACGAGCCAGUACAGAUGCGAUGUUAUGGCCUGAGUUCAGAAAGGCCUUUGAAGAUAAGUAUUACCCCAGCUCGUUCCGAGAUGCAAAAAGGGAUGAGUUCCUCAGAUUAACACAAGGAACGAUGUCGGUGGCAGAAUAUGAGCAGAAGUUUACAGAGUUAUCAUAG